AUGGGAUUGUGCUGUUCAACUUAAUAAAACUAAACACUUGUAACAGAUAUACCUUAAUAAAGUGCAAGGAGAAUCAUUCAAUACAGAGAUGAUGCCUAUUUCACUAGAAGUGAAGAUUAAGAAGCCAUUAAGUUUAACUUUUGGAGUAAUGAAACUGUAAAAGGAGUAAAAAACAACGGUUGGAGAUGCGAUGCAGCAUCAUUACUAUAAAAUGGUUGCUAGAGAGGAUUAAACAAAGAGAACUAAACUUAUGAUGAGGAAGGAUUUUUCGAUCUAUCCUCUGAUUUCGUAUUGUGCAAACACUGUGCAAAAGCUGCAUAAAAUCCACAAAACUUGAUUAAGUGGUCCGCUUAUAUAUCAAAAGAAGGAAUCAAAGGUGUUUUGGACCUUUAAUACUUUAUCAUUAUUAGAAAAGCAAUAAUUGGUGCAGGAAAAUUUUAAGACGUUCAAUUUACAAUUCAGGGAGCCUAUGAUCUCUCAACUGGAGAUAUAACUCUGAAUAAGCUUAAUGAAGGAGAAGAAAAAGAAACAUCAUUCAGGGGACGAUCAGAUGAGCAUUUUACCGUUAUUAGAACUAAAUAUGUUCACAGAGAUGGAACAGUUUUCAAACUAAAAGUAAGCAAAGGUACUCUAAAGGCUAGAAAGAUUCAGGAAAACUUUGACUUACCAUCUGGAUCUCUUCAGCUUUCUGUACAUAAUUGUGAGCUGGUCGGACCUCAGGUAAGAAACACCGGUUGGGGAUGUGACGGAAGAAACAUAUUUAAAAAGUGCUUUGGAGGAAUCACGGGCUUUGACUAAACAGAAGGAAAAAGUGAAUAUAGAUGUGAAACUCAUCAAUUUGAUCUCUGCUUGGAAUGCGCUCAGAAUGUAUACAAAUUUGACUAGCUAGGAGAAAGAAGCAAGUAAAACUGGUCUGGCUUUUGGAUUAUGGCAGCAGAUAAGGGAGAAAUGAAUUUUGAAAGAUUACACAUUGCGAAAGAAAUCGUUUACGGAAAGGGUAAUGAUCAGAUAGGAGAUUUUAUUAUUUUUGGGAAAUAUGAAUAUUCUAAUGGCAAGAUGAAAUUCAGAAAGCAAUACAUAGGAAAGCAUUUUGUCACAUACAUAGGAGUAAUUUCUAACUAGGGCAAAACAGUAAAAGGAGAUUGGAAAAUUAAAAGCCAAAACAAAGGUGAGGAACCAAUCGCUACUGGUACCUUUGAGUUAGCAAAAGAGUGA